CUCUGUAUUUAUAAGUUUAUGGUGAACUAACCGGCGAUAUCACUCCAGUUGUCCAGUACUUUUUCAUCCUGUACAAUUGUCUCCUUCUCAGACACGAGGAUUUUCUGUGUGCUUCAUCUUUUUAAUCGUCUGGACGUUCACGUUCGGUUGAUUUUUCUGAAAUGGCGCAAAAUAAAUUCAGCGAAAUGGCUUCACGUUUUGGCAAGGGUACGAACGGAGUGCCCAUGAGCUUAAAGGUUCUCGCUGCCGCUGGUGUCGCGGUAUACAGUGCCUCCAAAUCCAUGUAUACAGUGGAGGCUGGUCAUAGAGCGAUUAUAUUUUCUCGAUUGGGAGGUAUUCAGAAAGAUAUUAUGACUGAAGGUUUACACUUCCGUGUUCCAUGGUUUCACUAUCCAAUAAUUUACGAUAUUAGAAGCAGACCAAGAAAGAUCUCGUCACCUACGGGAUCUAAAGAUUUACAGAUGGUUAACAUUUCACUACGUGUCCUUUCACGUCCUGAUGCAAGCACAUUACCGGCUAUGUACCGACAGUUGGGUCUAGACUAUGAUGAGAAGGUAUUACCAAGUAUCUGCAAUGAAGUACUCAAGUCGGUUGUUGCAAAAUUCAAUGCUUCGCAAUUAAUUACGCAAAGACAGCAAGUGUCUAUUAUGGUACGCAAGGAAUUAACGGAACGUGCUCGAGAUUUCAACAUUGUUCUGGAUGAUGUGUCGAUAACGGAGCUUAGUUUUGGUAAGGAAUAUACCGCUGCAGUCGAGGCCAAGCAAGUGGCACAACAAGAGGCUCAACGAGCUGCAUUUGUGGUGGAAAGAGCUAAACAAGAACGUCAGCAAAAGAUCGUACAGGCUGAAGGCGAGGCAGAAGCAGCUAAAAUGCUUGGUUUAGCUGUUGGCCAGAACCCUGGAUACUUGAAGCUACGUAAACUGCGAGCAGCACAAAACAUUUCGCGUACAAUCGCCAAUUCGCAAAACAGGGUGUAUCUCAGUGGCAAUAGUUUGAUGUUGAACAUUCAAGAUCCUACUUUCGACGAAGGCUCAGAUAAGUUGAAAAGUAACGAAGAAGUGAACUGGAAGAGUUGGAAUGAAGCGGCUGACCGUGCCGUUCGAAGUCUGAGUACGAGUUCUCAGCAGGUAUCGAGUAUCCGAGAGUCGGGCACCAAAGCCCGACUGUACGAAACACAAGUUUUUCCUGUUGUUACGUCUCUUCUACUGGAAUCGGCCAGUGAUAGCGCCAAGUUGAUACUACUAUGAUUAUGCGAUACAAAGGCGAGCAUAUACAAAUUUGUUCAUCUGCAUAUCUCGAUUAUUAUUAUUGUUAAUAUUUUUAUUUUUAUUAUGAAAAUCACGGUAUAGGACUCUUUUCAAGAAUUCAAUUCGCUCUACGUCCUCACAAGCGUUGAUCUUGUAUAUACACUCGUGCGUUGCUUCGCGCGUACACAAUUGGCACAAGGUUUGUUCGUGUUGGUUCGUUCUAUCUUCUGCCAACUUUUAUUCUUUCUCUUUUUUUUUUCUCUAAUGUCUGAUAUUGUAUAUUUGCGUAUAAAAGUGCAAAGGUGUAAAAAGCAACAUGAACAAACCUGUUAUCAUGCCUGUUUUUAGCUAAUUUGUCAUUAAUACGUCAUCGGUAAGUAAUAAAUACGGUUAGAUUUAAUUUUCCAAAUCAUUAGUAAAUAAAGGAAAAGGAAAAAUA